UAGUGAAAUCGUGUUGUCUGAUUAGAUUAUUUUAGUUGAAAAUAUUUGUAUUGUUUGUUGUUGUUUAUUUUGGUUACGAGCCAUAAGAAAUGGGGCUUUGUGAAAAGGUCAUGUGACUUACCUGUUUGUAAUUGGUAAUGCGAAAUCAAUCGCUUUGUGGCUUACAAUGUUUAUAUGGAAAGCUAACGUUACGGAAUUAGGAGCGAUGUGUAUGUCCCGUAUGUGAUAAGUCUAGUUGCUGUACUUCGACGACUACAGACUAUUUACAAACUUUGCAGUCACAUGUCUGUCUGUUUGUUUGUCCAUUUGUCUGUCUGUUUGUUGUUUGUUUGUCCAUUUGUCUGUCUGUUUGUUGUUUGUCUGUCUGUUGUUUGUCUUUCUGUUUGUCUGUCUGUUUGUUUGUCUGUCUGUUGUUUGUCUGUCUGUUUGUCUGUCUGUUUGUUGUUUGUCUGUCUGUUUGUCUGUCUGUAUGUCCAUUUAUCUGUCUGUUUGUUGUUUGUUUGUCUUUUGUUUGUCUGUCUGUCUGUCUAUGUGUCUGUCUAUCUGUUUGUCUGUCUGUCUGUUUGUCUGUAUGUACAUUUGUUUGUUUGUCUGUCUGUUUGUUUGUCUGUCUGUUUGUCUAUUUGUUUGUUUAUUUAUCUGUCUGUCCAUUUGUUUGUCUGUUUGUUGUUUGUCUGCCUGUUGUUGAUUGUCUGUUUGUUGUCUGUCUGUCUGUCUGUCUGUCUGUCUGUCUGUGUGUCUGCCUAUGUGUCUGUCUGUUGUCUGUCUGUCUGUCUGUCUGUUUGUUUGUCUGUCUGUUUGUUGUUUAUCUGUCUGUCUGUUGUUUGUCUGCCUGUCUGUCAGUUGUCUGCCUGUCUGUUGUUUGUCUGUCUGUCUGUUGUUUGUCUGUCUGUCUGUUGUUUGUCUGUCUGUCUGUUGUUUGUCUGUCUGUCUGUUGUUUGUCUGUCUGUCUGUCUGUCUGUCUGUCUGUUUGUCUGUCUGUUUGUUGUUUAUCUGUCUGUCUGUUGUUUGUUUGCCUGUCUGUCAGUUGUCUGCCUGUCUGUUGUUUGUCUGUCUGUCUGUUGUUUGUCUGUCUGUCUGUUGUUUGUCUGUCUGUCUGUUGUUUGUCUGUCUGUCUAUCUGUCUGUCUGUCUGUUUGUCUGUCUGUUUGUCUGUCUGUUAGUUGUUUAUCUGUUUAUCUGUUGUCUGUCUGUUGUUUGUCUACCUGUGUGUCUGUUGUCUGCCUGUCUGUUUGUCUGUCUGUCUGUCUCUAUCUGUAAGACUAACUAUCUACUUCCUACAUUACAUCCACACUCAUUCAUUAUUAAACACAGCUUCAAUUACUAGUUGAUAGUAAUAUUUUAUUUUCUAAUUAUUUUCAUAAUAAUUCUUUAUCUCAUAACAGGCCA